UCACCAACAUUCCUUUUAAAUUACGUCAAACCAGCUCUGGAUACAAAGUGGUGUCUCCGCCACUGAAGGCGUUGGAAAUCCUACAUGUCCCACUGAUGUAUUUGCAAAAGAAUACAGAUAUUGAUACCAACACUAACCUAAAGCAUGCACUACUGAUUAAUUGUGCUAAGAACCUAACAAUAUAGCUGACGUGCAGAUUCAAAGUUCACCUUAAAAGGAUUCUUCCAUGCAGGCCUAUGUAAUUGUCCUAAAUUCUUCAAGUUAUUUAGGUCCUCUCGUCCCUGGAAGCAGGAGGGUAUUCGAACUUGGUACCAAAAGUCGAAUCGUGCUUGAGCUGUGUUCCAGUUUUUCUGUGUGAGCAUAAUUUAAUCUCUCCCUCUCCCUCUCCCUCUCUCUCUCUCUCCAUAAUAUAAUCUCUCCCUCCCUCCCUCUCUCUCUGUCCAUAAUAUAAUCCCUCCCUCCCUCCCUCUCUCUCUCUCUCUCUCUCUCCCUCCCACUCCCUCCUUGAUUUGUGACUGUGUAUAAAAACAAAGACUGCAAAAACAACUACACAAACUAAUAAAUCAAUACCUUCCUAAAAAAGUACCAACCACCAUAAAUAACUUCCAUUAUUAUUCUCCAGCAGACAUCAUUUUCCAUAUACUAGAAGAGAUAUUUUCUCUGAUCAAAUCCCAGUUACCAAAUUAUAAAGCAUUUCUAACCGUCCGAUCAAACAUCAUCUAUCAGUCGAUAUAGGCCUACUAGCUAGUAGUUUCUCUAUCUUCAUAAACCUCCUUAUAAAUCUCUCUCCCUCACUGCAAUCACAGCCUUGUUGUCUGCUAUGCCUCCUGUGUUCUAUCUGUUAAUACAUCUUUAGAUGACUUAUCAGAAUAUAUUUUAGUUAAGUUUGGUUUGCAUGAGUAGUUAGGCCUUAAUAAUCAAGCAUUAGAACCUGGAUCAGUAGCAUUAUUAUGGCAGAGGAUGGUGUCAUCCAUGUCCCAGAAACAAAAGAGAAGAUGCAUUUUCUGGUGUUCUUUCGAGAUCUGAGGCUUUUGUUCAAGAUGGAUGCACUUGGAUCAGAGAUACUACGCAUUGCAUUUCCAGCAACACUGGCAUUAGUUGCUGAUCCUGUUGCUUCUCUGAUCGACACCACGUUUAUUGGCCAUUUAGGUACGGUGGAGAUUGCUGCUGUAGGAGUUUCCAUUGCAAUUCUGAAUCAAGCAUUAAGAAUCACCGUGUCACCUCUUGUUAGUAUGACAACUUCUUUUGUCGCUGAGGAAGAUGCUAUAGCAAGAUUAGCAAAAGAAGUGCAGAAGAAGAACAACGAAAUUCCAAAAGUAAAGGCAGAAGAUGUUAUUGCUGCUGACACCAUGGAAAAGGGCAGUCCAGCUACAGAGAGUGAAUACAAAGAAGUUAAGGAAGACAAUGCAAUCCAAACUAAUUCUAAGGUGCAAAACGUCGAUUCAACAACUAAACCAAUGGUAAACCAAGCUAUUACAAGAGAAAAGAGACAUAUUCCCUCAGCAUCUACUUCACUAGUUAUGGGACUUGUAGUUGGCAUCCUCCAAACCAUAUUUCUCAUAUCUCUAGCUAAACCAUUACUCAAAAUAAUGGGGGUCAGAUCUGAGUCGCCUAUGCUAGAGCCAGCAAUAAGUUAUUUGAGAAUAAGAUCAUUGGGGAUUCCAGCUAUGCUUCUCUAUUUAGCUAUGCAAGGAGUUUUUCGAGGCUUUAAAGAUACUACCACUCCCCUAUACGCCAUAGUUGCAGGAGACCUAGCCAAUGUGAUUUUAGAUCCCAUACUUAUCUUUGUUUGCCGUAUGGGAGUUAGUGGUGCAGCAGUUGCUCAUGUGCUGUCUCAGUACUUAAUCUUGGUGAUCCUCCUCUGUAAAUUGAUGCAACAAGUUUACAUCAUACCCCCGAGCUAUAAAAGUAUGCAGUUCAGUCGGUUUCUUAAGAAUGGAUUUUAUCUACUGGGAAGGGUCAUCGUAGCAACUUCUUGUGCCACUCUAGCUACGUCGUUAGCUGCAAGGUUGGGCUCAACGCCUAUGGCAGCUUUUCAAAUCUGCUUACAGGUGUGGAUGACAUCCUCCCUUCUUGCUUUUGGUUUGGCCGGUGGAGGGCAGGCUAUCAUUGCUUGUGCACUUGCUGAGAAGGAUUAUCAGAAGGCAGCCUCUGCUGCAUCUCGAGUACUUCAGAUGGCAUUUGUACUGAGUCUGGGGCUGGCUCUAGUCGUCGGACUAGGGUUGCAGUAUGGAUCUGUAGUCUUCACCCGUGACAAACAUGUUCUUCGAAUAAUAACUAUAGCUAUCCCGUUUGUUGCAGCCACUCAACCGAUAAACAAUUUAGCCUUCGCUUUUGAUGGUCUAUACUACGGAGCAUCAGACUUCCUUUAUUCGACAUACUCCAUGGUUAUAGCAGUUAUAUUAAGCAUAGCUUCUCUGCUGCUCCUGGCGAAAAGUAAUGGUUUUGCCGGAAUUUGGCUUGCUUUAAGCAUUUUUAUGAGUCUCAGAGUUUUUGCCGGUGUCUUGAGAAUAGGGACUGGAACUGGACCCUGGCGCUUUCUCAGGAGCCUCUAGAUAACAAGACAGUAGAGUUCGAUAUUCCCGUUAAAACUUCUGGAUCUUCUCUGUUCACUCUUGAUUUUAUUUCAGAGAUCGAAACUCGUGCACAAAACUCCCGCACUAACAAGCGAAUUACGCAAUGCUUGCGUCUUGCUCUUAUUUUUGCAUCAUUCAAAACAUGUAAUUGAGUGAAAGAAUUAAAAUGGAUGCUUUUAUUUAUUUUGAAUGUUUUCGACCAACAAAAAUUAGUAAAUUUCUAAUAAAAUAUGAAGUUAUACGAUAAGA